UCACCGUCUUUUUUGGUGUUCCAAUGUCCGCCACUCUGGCAGUUGCAGCAGCCAACAGCAACAACAAGCUGAGGCUUUCUUCAAAUCUCACUCUCCGGCGCCUCCGAUUUUAGCUGUCAAUCGUAAAACAACAAUAUGGCGGCGGCAUCUUCGUCUUCAGCGUCGCCCAAAACGACGAUGGAGCGGAGAGGAAUUCCGGGAGCUCAAUUUGUAGAAGAUGUGGAGACUUAUCUCUCUCAAACAGGCCUUGAUGUCAACUCAGCCCUCGCUUUUCUCCAAGAAAGGCUUCAGCAGUACAAGUUAGUUGAGAUGAAACUUCUUGCACAGCAACGAGAUCUUCAGGCAAAAAUCCCUGAUAUUGAGAAAUGCUUGGACGUGGUUGCCACUUUACAAGCUAAGAAGGGUACUGGUGAGGCUCUUAUUGCUGAUUUUGAAGUCUCUGAAGGCAUAUAUUCACGGGCUCGCAUUGAGGAUAAUGAUUCAGUUUGUUUAUGGCUGGGAGCAAAUGUCAUGUUGGAAUAUUCAUGUGAAGAGGCCACUUCUCUACUGAAAAAGAAUUUGGAAAAUGCAAAAGCAAGUUUAGAAGUUCUUAUAGCGGAUUUGCAGUUCUUGAGGGAUCAAGUGACAAUAACUCAGGUAACUAUUGCUCGUGUGUAUAAUUGGGAUGUUCAUCAACGAAGAAUUCAUCAAACUUCUGCUUCUACAGCAGCUAAGGAUUCAUGAACUGAGAAUACCAUUCCUUGAUAUAGAGGUGGGGAGUAUGCUCCUAUUCACCCAUUUCGAUAGUUUUGGUGAAUUGGUUGUCUGUGUAUUUCUAGAUUGAUCUAAAAUUUCCCUUCAUGGUCUGCUCAUAUCUACACUUUCCAGUCCUAGAUUCUUGGUUCUAUGAAGUGAAAACAUAUGCUUAUGUUGCUGGGAGCAGUUUUUGAUAUAGAAAACGUUUGGACAUACAUUAGAUAUAACAGUUGUCUUCACUGUGAUUGUUAGUUUGUCAGGAGUGUUUUAUUUUCUAUAAUUCUAUCGCACUCAUAUAACUUUUUUUUGUUUAAUUGUUUCGCUGUUGAAUCCAAGUAAAGCUUUCGGUUCAAAUUUGAAAAUUGGCAAGGGGAUGACGAGGCCCCAAACCUGAUUUAAUGCGAAAGAAAUUGUCGGCAAAACUUGACCAAUUGAGAUGACAAGUUGUCCAAAUAACUGGGUCUUUAAGCUCCCUCUUAAAUGAUGUCAGCAGCACCUUAUCCUUUCUGAAAAGGGGUUUUUUUAUUUCUGGAAGCUUUCAAUUAUAUUAUUUCUACUUGGGUCAGAAAUGAAUAUGGUGUUAGGCUUACUGCAUGUGAAACGUGAUCAAGUCAUGUCAAUGAAAUGAUUAUAUUUUUGAAGACAAACAUUGGGGUCCCUUUGGAAACAGAAAAUUGUAGCUAGGAAUUCUCGAUUGAAUUAUAUGUCUAUGUAUCUUUCAAUAUACACUUUCUGUUGUCCCAUGUGUCAGGCUGAGUUUUUCUUUUCGUUCAAUUUCUUGGCACGAAGCUGAACCAUGAAUUCGGCUGGCAGACUGCCGCUUUCAUCGGCCCAGGUUUUCGCAUACGGACAGAAACACGUCGGUGGCAUUUGUGAUCAAAUUCAAAGCAUUGUUAAGUGGAAGAUUCCAAAGUUCAUGUUAGGGGUAUGCAACGAAUAUCACUAUUCACUCAAUUGUUUCAGAUCCACAAAAGGGACACUUUGGAUUUGAACUUGAAAUCCCUCCCAAUUGUCAGUUUUAUAAAAUGGGAUCUGUCUUUUUAUCAUUGGAUUAAGGCUUCAUAAGCUUUAAUAAAUACUUUGCAUAAAAUUUCAUGUUUGCUUUGAAGGCUGAUAAAGAGGUCCAUAAGUAUUUUCAGGCUAGCAAAGAGAUUCAUAGUCUCGGGCAAUCCAUGUCGACUAGCUGCUCAUCAGCACACGAAAUUGUACAUCUGUCUUUACGUCUUGGUCUUAAAAUUUUGGCUUUAUUUUGCAAAAUAACACGUUCAGAAUCAGGCAACUCUUAUCUAUCAUCCAAAUCUUUCUCCUGCCAUGUUUCAGAACAAAACCCAAAAACAAGGGAAAAUCUGUUCAAUCUUCCAGAAAUAAACAAUCGAUAAAACAGGCCAUUGAAACUAUUGUUUUCAUGGCAAGUGGGCACCUUGGGCCAGGCAGCUGUUCCUAUCACUAUACUACCAUUUCUUCCAAAGUUGGACCUGGAAAAAGCAUGAAUUGGAUAAUGGAAGUCAAGAUGACAUGUCCACCGCACCAGCAGCAAAGGGUCUCGUUUCACGCUAAGUUGACCCCGAAACGGGGCCCAUAUUAUUAAAUGCUGGUCCCAAAUUGCCAUUCCAAAUACCAAGUCAACUGAAUCAACUAUUUUUUUCUCUCAUUUGCUUCCCCCCUGAUGCUGACAUUCUACUUUAUGAGUAAUUUGUACUUUAUAAAAAUGAAUAGGAUUAGAUUAUGAAAUUUGGGUGAUCUUCUUUCUGUGA